UUGACCGACACACUGGUCCCUGAGUGGAGAUUAUUAACCUACGGCAAGCCUGAAAGGACAUACGGUGAACUGAAAACUCAAGUCAAAGCUGAUUUUUCGACGUAUUUGUGUAAUAUAUUAGGGCUAAAAUACAAAACAAAUACCCCUCGCAUAUACCAUAGUGUAUCUUUGUGGAAUCGUCGGCAAAAAUAUAUCAAUAGCCAUUUUAUUCGCGUUUUUAACUGAUUAUUCCCGAUCCACUCCCCCAGAUUUGAUUGGUGCAGCCUGUUGAGGUUAAAGUUGAAAAGGAGGCGAACGCGGAAGUAAACCAGUACCAAACUUUUCUGCUUUACACGACUGUGAUAAGGCUAUAUCUGCUGUUGUUAUGUUAUUCAAGUCACUCGUGGGGAGUGCCUGCACUCUACUUGGAGCUGCUGCAGCCUACAGAUUUGUGCCUGUGGUGGAAAUCCACGUCCAAGCAGCUGCCCUCCUUCACAGCGUAGAGAGGAAGUCAUCUCUGGUGGAGCAAGCAAACAUGAGGAUUGAACUUGUGCCUGCACUCAGUGACAACUACAUGUACCUCCUGAUAGAUGUGGACUCCAGAGAAGCAGCUAUUGUUGACCCUGUGGAGCCAAAUAAGGUUGCGGAAGCCGUCAGAAAACAUGGCGUAAAACUGACAACAGUUCUGACCACUCAUCACCACUGGGAUCAUGCUAGUGGAAACAAGAAGAUGCUGAAGCUCGUUCCAGGACUGAGAAUCUAUGGAGGAGACGACAGAGUCGAUGGUCUUACAAAGAAAGUUUCUCAUUCCAGCACUUUUAAAAUUGGAUCACUCGAUGUCAAAUGCCUCUUUACGCCAUGUCACACAACUGGGCACAUCUGCUACUACGUGACAAAAGAAAACAGCACCGAGCCGCCAGCUGUCUUCACAGGGGACACACUGUUUGUGGCUGGCUGUGGUAAAUUCUUCGAGGGUACGGCUGAGCAGAUGUACAAAGCCUUGAUAGAAACUCUGGGACGCCUGCCUCCUGAAACGCGUGUUUACUGCGGCCACGAGUACACCGUCAGCAACCUGAAAUUUGCGCGUCAUGUGGAACCAGACAAUGAAGUCAUUAAGGAGAAGCUAGCAUGGGCAAAGGAGAAAUGCAGCGUGGGAGAACCCACCGUUCCGUCCACUUUGGCAGAGGAAUUCACAUAUAACCCUUUCAUGAGAGUAAAAGAGACGUCCGUGCAAGACCACGUGAAGCAGACAAACCCGAUUGAAACCAUGAGAAGUCUCCGGAAAGAAAAGGAUUCCUUCAGGGUGCCUAAGGAGUGAUGACCAGUGCACUCAUGCUGACUGUUUGUUAACAACUGCUCACAACACUGCAAGCUGUCAAUAGUGUAUUACAGGACAUAAUCUACAUUUCAUCUUCAAGCCACUAUAAAUAGAUCUACUUUAAUAACUCACACAAUCACUUUUUAUCAUUACAUUCAGCCGUAUCAUGGCUAUAAACUUGUUUUAGGUUUGUUCUGUUUGUUUGGAUGAUGCUGGUGUGAUCGUUUUAAGGAAUAUAUGGCCAUUCAUUGAAUGCUCUAAAUGAGAAAUGAGUUUGUUCAUCUGUAAAUCUGAGUUUUAGAGUCUAUUUAGUGUCCUGUUGUAAUAUAUCAGUGUACAAACUACUACUCAUUAAGUGGUAAUUAAAAAAAAUUAACAUGACAGGGAGCCGUCUAAGGAACAAAUGUUAGAAUAUGUGUAAAAUUUCUGUAAAUUGAUAAAAUAUUUUCUUUGUCUGUAAAGAUUCAUAUCAACUUAAA